AUAUGAGUAACGUCUCCCCAACUUCCACGAGAGCACUGGCCACCAACCGCAUCAGCCCAUACUACGAGCUCUCCAAGCGGUAUGAUUACACUUCCGCAGGAACUUGUUGACGCAAUAUGUGAAUAUCUACGUGAUGAUAUUUCAGCUCUCUCUUCAUCCUGGCUCGUCUCAUCUUCGUGGAUGUACGCCAGCCGUCGUUUUCUCUUCCGCACCAUACGUGUGCAGGAUAUCUCAGAGACGGCAGUCCCGUUAAUUACCUUCUACAAAUUUACAUCGUUCAUGGGAGCAAGACCUCAUCUCGCAACAUUGGUGCGCGAGUUGCAUAUGACAGGAAAAGACGAUAGGCAAAUGCGCCCUCAUCUUCUUGGCUCCCUCCUUACUUCCCUGACAGCAUUAGAAGCACUGUAUCUUUACGGUUGUUACGUUGAUGGAGGAUCCCUUUCGGAGACGUCGAUGUUACGAAGCAGAUUCAGCUUAAAGGUGCUGCAUGUUGAUUGUUGCAAUUCCAAGGACUCAGAUGGUUUCAUGGAUCUCAUUGGGAUUCUGAGCAUGUUCUCUGAAAUUAUGUCGCUAUCGAUUUCGACGAUCGGUCGCUCAAAUAUUACAGUGUCGUCCGGGACUAUCCUUCCUGAACAAUCGUAUACUAGGCCGCGCAUCAUCCACCUGCAAUGCCGUGAGAUGCCCACCUGGAUGGCAGAUUGUUUUAUGGAAUACAUCCUUCAAUCGGUCCCAGAAUCCCCUUUACUUCGACUUUCCUUCGAAGCUUCCUUCCGUAUACCGCUGUCGCUUUUCACGGUGGUACGCGCGGCCGGAGCUCACUUACAAUAUCUUGAUCUCCAUUAUACGCCGUCCUUCAAUACAGCAGAAAAUGAAAGAUGGGCCGCUGGACUUUCCGGUAUAUCCGUCUGUACCGCGCUGCAGAGGUUCACAAUAUGGACACCUCUUGUCAUUUUGCCUCCCCUUGUGCCAGCGAACUGGUCUAUUCUUCUGCAGAUACUGGAGCGUCUUCCUCGAAUUCUUCGCUCUUUAUGCUUUCGCUUCCCGAAGCACUGGGUUAUAUACCCCAGUUUACCACCUGGUAUCAUAGGCCAUGAUACAGUAUUCCAGCGUUGGGACAAUUUUUUGACACAGUUUUCAUGGGCACAACCUGUGACAUUUGUAUUUGCCCGGUUUCCCUGGGAUUCAGAGCAUUCACAAGUGGAAGGAUUGCGGUUGAGGGAUCCAAAUGAGUUUGGGCCAAUGCUCGCGUCCAGGCUGCCCAAUUUGCAUAGCAAAGGAAUGCUGGAGGUUAGUUACGAAGAGGGCUCGGAGUUGUAGACAGACAUGUAUGUUCUUCGUCCUCUGCACAUCAGUUGGGGCAUGGUCGCACCAUUAAUGAUUCUUACAUAGAUGUUAUCCCACCUUCGGACCAUGUGUCAUGGCCCUUGACACCCAGUUUGACGACUCUCCCGUGUUAUGGCGUUAUGCAUUCAAGUUUCUUCGUCUGAGAAAGCCUGCUUCAAGAAUGCAGACGAGGCUGUAACUCGGAUCGCAUGGGUGAAACCUAUCAGGACCUCCCUUACAGAGGAUGUGCUUUCCAGGGAGGAAGCUGUAAACGAUGCUAAGUCACGCUUCGCGGCUGACUUUUCCGAUUUUAUUCCCUAUAGGAACGUCGGUGUCUGAUCGAAUAUCCGAUUAGGUUCAGUUACCACUUCGUUGAAGUCCCAUCUACAUAGCCAGAUCGAAUUCCUUGUGGUCUUGCUCUAGCUCAUCCCGACUUACUUUCUUUCCUUGUUAUCGCGUCUUCUAACACUGCAUUUACUUUGUAAACGUGCUUGAUAACAGCUUUCGAGAACCCUUACGAACUGCGCUACAUCUUAUUCCCCGUCUCGAACCAUCUAGCAUCGCGGCUUUUAUAACCAGCAUGAUUCUUCUUUCUCGUUGAUAUAGUAUUUUCCGCUUGAACGUGAUUUUCAUUCUCAGAAAGUGAUACACACAACACC